UCUUUCUGGUGUGUUCGAUUGUUUUAUUUUUGUUACAGUCGGAAUAUUUUUCAUUCUUUUAUAAAAUAUAGCAAUGUCUUAUGAUAAAGUGAUUGAGUUUACAGCCGCUGUUCGUGGGUACCAUUAUUACCACAGGUUUUGGAAACCAGAACCUUCACAAAAGUUGAACUGUGUCUUUGAAGAAAAGGGUAAGUAACCCAUUCGACCCGUUUGCCAUAAAAGUAUGUGAAAUUGGAAAAACUGCAGCUGUCGGACAUCUUCGAAAGAAAUUUCAGAAUUGGCAGAGGAGUGAAACAACUAUCGUCAUUGAUUAGUAUUUAAGUUGUAUGAUUUUCUUAUUAUUUUUUGUUUACAUGGAAGUUAUUAUUUCCGUAUGACAUUCUACAUCAUGGUUAUGUCUCUUGAAAGAAAGUCUAGAUUAACAGCUUUAACGAUUCAUUCUUUAAUUCAGUCUUUUGGAUGCAGCAUUUGUUUAAAUCAUAAUCUGGUCUGUUACGCCACUCCGAAAAAUAUUACUCACAUUUGGCAAGCGCAAAAGUUUUUCCCGCAAAAAGGAUUAAUUUUCACGAACCGCAAAAGUUAAUUCUAGCAAAAUGCAAAAUUUUGCGAUUCAUCCGAACCACAAAACUUUCUUCCUUUAAAAUAAUGUGAUUUUAAUUAUGCUUUAUUCUCUAUGUUCAUUUCUCUUUGAAGUAGCUCUUAAUUUAAAGUUCUUUUUGCAAGCUUCUGUGUAGCAGAGAUAGUUUAAAAUCAACCUAGAAAUAAUUUAUCUACAAAAAAAUUUUUUUUUUACUUAUGUUGUUUGGGGUAUCUGUGUAGUAUGAAUGGGAAGAUAUCGUCAAGGUUAAUAACACAUUGUCCAGAAAAGGAUACUGAUGGACAUUUGCCAAUGACAACAAUUGAAAUUUAUUGCUUUGUAUAUUAAAUUUAUCUUUUUUCUUUAAGAAGCCUUCUGCUGCUUUAGAUUCAUAUUUUAAGCAUGUGUAUACUGCAAUACUUUAAAUGCUCGAUUAAACGCCCAAUCUCAAAUAAGCGUCUACAUGUCACAAUGUUUAUUUAGGAAGCUCUCUAUUAUUUAAUUGACAUAGAGAAACCAUAAAAAUUUUUAUUCAGAGACAUAUUAUUUAUACCUGUACAUCUUCUGUUUUUAAAUUUUAUGAUUUUACAUUUCCUUAAAAGAAAGCUGUGUAGCAUAAAAGUAUUUUUUUUAACUACCCCUCUUAAACCAGCACCCGCCCUAAAAGUCAUGCAUGCUAUUAACAUAUAGACCUAUUUAGAUGUUAGAUAAUUAAUCCUCUUUGUAUCGUUAUUAUGAAGAUUUUGAUUAUGAAGUUGAUUUAUCGAAUACCUGUGAUUAUUUUUGUUACUUGUAUUUUGCUGCUCACAUACAUGAUGAUGACACCUGAGGAAUAUCAAAGCAUAUUUCAUUGGUAUAAAAAGGAUGUGAGUAAAGAUGAAAGUCAAGUUGAAGACAACAAACAGCAAAACACGGAGGAGGUUGAGGUACAUAAUCAACAACACUUAUCUGAUGCAAUAAAGUUAGAUCAAGAAUUUAAUGAAUUCUUAAAGUUAACUACCCAUAAACCUAUAAAAAGUAAAAUUACGAGAAAAAAAGGCAGAAAUACUAAACACCAAAACAUACGAACGAACGACCACCCCAUAACUCAGAACAAUAACAUACGGAGUGAUGAUAGAGCUAUAGAGAGGGAGUUUCCCUACAUAAUACUGCCGAACGAAGAGAAAAAAAGUGUAGAUAAGAAUAAAAAGCUUAUAUUAAUAUACACAGCUCUGCAUAGAUCAGAAGAAUGGUACAACUUGCCACAAAGUAAACUAAAAGGAUAUCUUAAAAGAACGAAAUGCAAAACAAGUAACUGCCGUGUUACCUACGACAAAGAUUUGUUUUCGAAAGCAGACGCUGUAAUUUUUCAUGAGCGUAAUAUGCUAAGCAUAGGUCUGUUAAAUCGACUUUCGUCACGGAGGUAUCGACCAAGGUCUCAGCGAUGGAUAUUUUUUACAUCAGAAACUCCAAAGAACACUGAAGAUGGGGUUAUCCCAUACAAUGGGUUUUUUAACUGGACUAUGACUUAUAAGAAAGACAGUGAUAUAUAUCUGCCAUAUUUGCAGUACCGAAAACUAAAGAAAAAAGCGCGACGUCCUGAUCCCAAUUUCAAUUAUGCGAAAGGAAAGAGCCGUACAAUUGCAUGGUUAGUUGGAAAUUGUGAUUUUGAAUUUCGUAUGGAGUUUGUGCACGCUCUGGAGCAAUUCACCAGUGUCUAUGUCGGCGGCUAUUGUCGAGAUGACUUUCGAAAUAAAAUCAUCUGCACAAGAUGGUGUAACCAAAGUGUUUUGGAUGACUAUAAGUUUUACUUGUCCUUAGAAAACGGCAUAUGCACGGACUAUAUUAGUGAAAAGUAUUGGAAAUAUCUAGAACAGGGAUUAGUUCCUAUAGUGUUAGGAGGGGCGAAUUAUAGCGAUCCAAGAUUGGCUAUACCCGGUUCGUUUAUCGACGCCACAAAGUUUAAAUCUGUGAAAGAUCUUGCAGAUUAUAUAAAUUAUCUCGAUCAAAAUGAUACCGCCUAUAAUGAGUAUUUCAAAUGGAAGCAGAAAUACAAAAUAUGGCACCCCUUGGAGGGGGACUGGCCCUUCGAGAGUUACUUUCUGUGUAAGAUAUGCGGAAUGCUGCACCAGAACCUUCCCAUAAAAUUCUACGAUUAUUUAUCUGAUUUUUGGAGUGUAGAAAAUGAUUGUGAAAUUCCCGAGAAGGAAAUGCGCAAACGAAUUAAUUUAACAGGUUAUAACUGGGAAGAUCGUCAUCGUAGGGCAGAAAAGCAAGCACUGAUAGAUGCUGCUCAUAUCCCAAAAGAUUUCGACGAAGAAGAGCACGACAAUGAAUUCAACGACGAGUUUUCUGAUGAUCUUGCUUAAGGAAUACUUUUUCGCUGUCAAUGUUUUUGUAGAAUUUUGAUUUUUUUUCUCCAUUUAUGAGUUGUUAAAUUUAUUUUUACUCAUUGGAUUUAUUUAUAUAUUAAUUUGUGGUGCUACUUGAGGUCUCCGCCUAUUUUUCAGAACCUCUCUUUUACGACAACGUGGCUUACUUGUGUCAACUUUAUGAUCACGGUUCUAAAGCAGCGAUUGCGUUGUUCAUAAUUUUUUAUUUUUUCAAAUUUAUUAUUUAUAGUUUUGUAAAUGAAUAUAAAAAGCGAAAAUUUAUAUAUAUUUAUAGUGAUAGUGUUAAGCUCAAUGGUAAUCGUCAAAAACAGGCUGGAAAUGAAAUAGUUCCAUAUUUCAAACUCAAAGUUUUUCAUCUGCUUCUUAAACACGAAAUAUAAGUGAAGGUUGGAUAAUUCUGAA